ACGUCGCCCCGUGGCCUGUUCCGCAAUACUGGAAAACAUGGAAUCACCGACUGGGUCUGGAUCCGGCAACGUUUUAUAUGACUUCAAAUGCUCAGUCCUGCGACGUUAUUGCGGAGGCAUUAAAGAGGUACAACGACGUCAUAUUUGGAUAUUCACGGAGGCACCGCAACAGCCUAUACCAUACAGGACCAGUGCUCCCUGGUUUAACAGUUCACGUGGAAAACUUCGAGGGCCAAGAUUGCCAGUAUCCUGGCCAUCUGAGCGACGAAAAAUAUACGCUGGCAGUCUAUGAUACGGGCGCCUUUUUGACGUCCACCACAGUAUGGGGAGCUUUACGAGGACUUGAAACGUUCAGCCAGCUGGUCCACUCGGAAAUGAAUGAACCCUACAAGUUCCUAAUCAACGUGACAGAGGUGGAAGACUUUCCCAGGUUUGGAUUUCGUGGAAUCCUUCUGGACUCUGCGAGACACUUUUUGUCGGUAGAUGUGAUCAAGCGAAACCUGGAUGGCAUGGCAUACAACAAAUUCAACGUCUUCCAUUGGCAUGUUGUGGACGACCAGUCCUGGCCACUGCAACUGUGCACUUUCCCCAACAUCACGGCGAGUGCGUUCUCACCAAGAUCUGUGUACACAAAGUCGGAUGUCCAAGACAUAAUAGAGUAUGCCAGGCUCCGCGGAAUUCGUGUGAUACCAGAGAUCGACACUCCUGGACAUACACAGGCCUUAGGCAAAGCGUUACCAGACCUGUUAGCACGUUGUUCCGGUGAGGGGAAGAAAGACCGUUUACCGGCUUUGGAUCCAACGAAAGAGCACACGUACAGAACAGUGGUGAAAAUCCUGAAAGAGGUGGCUGACACAUUCAAGGACCAGUUCAUACAUCUUGGUAUGGAUGAAGUCAAUUAUGCUUGCUGGCGCCAAAAUCCGGAUAUUCAAUAUUUUAUGAAAGAACAAGGUCUAUCUUCGCUGAGUGAAGUUGAAGGGUACUACGUUCAUCGGCUGUUACAAGAUCUCAGAAGCUUCGGUUCCAAAUACAUGAUCUGGCAGGAUCCCAUAGACAACGGAGUGGAGGUGCCGAGAGAUACUAUAGUGGGCGUUUGGAAGAACUCGGCCCACGACAAGUGGCAGGGGCAUGCAACGCGCGUGGCUCGUAAAGGAUAUCAGAUCGUUGUCUCAGGCUGCUGGUAUCUUAACUACAUCAGCUACGGAGAUGACUGGAAGAAGUACUAUGAGUGCGAUCCCACAAGUUUCUCGAGAGGUGAAAACAUGAAAGAUUUGGUUAUUGGAGGGGAAGCUGCGAUGUGGGGUGAAUACAUCGAUGACACCAAUCUGGUCGCUACGCUUUGGCCAAGGGCGUGUGCAGUUGCAGAGCGACUGUGGAGUAGUGCCACCUACAAUAACGCAAAUGAUGCCUCACACAGGCUCCAUCAGCAGCGAUGCCGUAUGCUUAGGCGCGGCAUUCAAGCUCAACCAAUAGGCAACAGCGUUUGCCCUGAGUACGUUACAAGCCAAGAGAGGCAGGACACUUGUCGCUAUUUUUGAACACGGCAUUGAUGAAUAUCGAGUAUCACACUCGUGCACCGUGUCCACCAACACGCCUUCGACUUCAUUCCCGGCCUGCUGGUCCACGAAAAAUCGUAUGACUCAGAAUUAAAUCCUGUAAGCACUGUUUGAGAAGGUCGAUAACCAUGCAGUUGACGCACUUCAUGAAUAAAUUUAAAAACUCGG